ACCCGGCUGGUCAGUGGCCAGUCCGGGCUUCAGCCUGAGCGCCCGGGACCCCCACGCGCCUGGCCAGGCAUGGCCGCUCAGUAAACGCUGGGACUGACCGAUUCUCCCCGGAGGGGUUGGGCCGCCCCGCCCCCCGUCUUUGGGAGUCCCUGGAAUAAGGGGCUUGGGUCGGGGGCAUCCAGGGAAGUGGGGAGCGCCUUGAGUCCCAACCUUCAAAGCGCGAAGCCUGGCGGAGCCUGGCAGAGGGCGGGCAUGGGCAGCUCUGUGAGCGGGAGCUCGUCCUCCUUGGGGGAGACUUGCCAGAACGGUGCCCUGCUGGACGUUGGGCUGGAAGACGGUGAGCGGAGGCCCAGCUUGGGGGCUCGAUUGAGCCCUACCGCUGUCCUCUGAGCCCUGCUCACUCCGGAGGUGAUCCCAAUCCACUGGCCCUGUGCUCUGAGCUUCUAAACUUGGUGCUGCUGCCCUAGCUCUGGGAGUUCUGCUCCAGCCAGUCCGCACCUAACUGGUCUCUGAAGUGCUCCCAAAAAGUUCCUGGCCACAAGUCUUACCUCGAUUGUUUGGUGUGGCCCCAGCUUGUCUCUGCAAAGAGAGGAGUGCCUGCCUGUCCUCCCUAAUCAAGGUUCCUUGGCAGACCCAAAGAGAUGUUUCCAGUGUUUGUAUUUAUUUCCUCUCUGAAAUCCGCCAUUCCCACCGCCCUCCACCUCCGGUCUGGGUCCUCUGUCUCUGGCGGGUCACUGACCAAGCUGGCCUACUACUCCACCGUGCAGCACAAAGUCGCCAAGGUGCGGUCCUUCGACUACUCUGGCAAGGACACAGAGCAGGACCACGAGCCACCCUAUGAGAUCUCUGUCCAAGAGGAGGUAACCGCCAGGCUGCACUUUGUAAAGUUCGAAAACACCUACAUAGAAGCCUGCCUGGACUUCAUUAAAGACCACCUCGUCAACACCGAGACCAAGGUCAUCCAGGCAACUGGGGGUGGGGCAUACAAGUUCAAAGACCUCAUCGAAGAAAAGCUGCAGUUGAAGGUUGACAAGGAGGAUGUGAUGACCUGCCUGAUCAAGGGCUGCAACUUUGUGCUGAAGAACAUCCCACACGAAGCCUUCGUGUACCAGAAAGACUCCGACCCUGAGUUCCGGUUUCAGACGAACCACCCCAACAUCUUCCCAUAUCUCCUGGUCAACAUCGGCUCAGGGGUCUCUAUCGUGAAGGUGGAGACGGAGGACAGGUUCGAGUGGAUUGGCGGCAGCUCCAUCGGGGGUGGCACCUUCUGGGGGCUUGGGGCUCUGCUCACCAAGACAAAGAAGUUUGAUGAGCUGCUGCAGCUGGCCUCCAGAGGCCAGCACACGAAUGUGGACAUGCUGGUUCAGGACAUCUAUGGAGGGGCCCACGAGACCCUGGGGCUAAGCGGCAACCUCAUCGCCAGCAGCUUCGGGAAGUCUGCCACCGCGGACCAAGAGUUCUCCAAGGAGGACAUGGCCAAGAGCCUGCUGCACAUGAUCAGCAAUGACAUCGGGCAGCUCGCCUGCCUCUACGCCAGGCUCCACUGCCUGGACCGCGUGUACUUCGGCGGCUUUUUCAUCCGCGGCCAUCCGGUCACCAUGCGCACCAUCACCUACAGCAUCAACUUCUUCUCCAAGGGGGAGGUCCAGGCGCUGUUCCUGAGGCAUGAAGGCUACCUGGGCGCCAUCGGAGCCUUUCUCAAAGGAGCCGAGCAAGACAACCCAAACCAGUACAGCUGGGGAGAAAACUAUGCCGGCAGCUCCGGGCUCAUGAGCUCAUCGCCCGAGCUCUGCCCCACCCAGCGGGCAAGGAGCGGCACUUUCGACUUGCUGGAAAUGGACCGGUUGGAGAGGCCACUGGUCAACCUGCCUCUCCUUCUGGACCCAUCCUCCUAUGUGCCCGACACAGUUGACCUCACGGACGAUGCCCUGGCCCGCAAGUACUGGCUCACCUGCUUCGAGGAGGCCCUGGACGGGGUCGUAAAACGUGCUGUGGCAAGCCAACCGGGCUCUGUGGACGCAGCCGAGAGGGCCGAGAAGUUCCGGCAGAAGUACUGGAACAAGCUGCAGACACUGCGGCACCAGCCCUUCGCUUAUGGGACCCUGACUGUGCGCAGCCUCCUGGACACGAGAGAGCACUGUCUGAACGAGUUUAACUUCCCAGACCCCUAUUCCAAGGUGAAGCAGAAGGACAAUGGUGUGGCGCUGAAGUGUUUCCAGAGGGUGGUCAGUGCCCUGGACGCACUGGACUGGGAGGAGAGGCAGCUGGCCUUGGUGAAGGGGCUGCUGGCUGGCAACGUCUUUGACUGGGGUGCAAAAGCCGUCUCUGAUGUCCUUGAGUCUGACCCGCAGUUUGGGUUCGAGGAGGCAAAAAAGAAGCUGCAAGAGCGGCCCUGGCUCGUGGACUCCUACAGCAAAUGGCUGCAGAGACUGAAGGGGCCCCCUCACAAAUGUGCCUUAAUUUUCGCAGAUAACAGUGGAGUAGACGUCAUUUUGGGAGUCUUCCCCUUUGUCAGGGAGCUUCUCUCUAGAGGGACGGAGGUCAUCCUGGCGUGCAACUCAGGACCCGCCUUGAACGACGUGACCUACAGUGAGUCCCUCAUUGUGGCCGAGCGCAUUGCAGCCAUGGACCCCGUCAUCCACUCGGCGCUCAGAGAAGAGAGGCUCCUGCUGGUGCAGACAGGCUCCAGCUCCCCAUGCCUGGACCUCAGCCGCCUGGACAAGGGGCUGGCCGUGCUGGUGCGGGAGCGUGGUGCCGACCUGGUGGUCAUCGAGGGCAUGGGCCGUGCCGUCCACACCAACUACCAUGCGGCGCUGUGCUGCGAGAGCCUCAAGCUGGCUGUCAUCAAGAACUCCUGGCUGGCUGAGCGGCUGGGCGGCCAGCUCUUCAGUGUCAUCUUCAAGUAUGAGGUCCCAGCCUCUGAGUGAGGCACGGCCCCCGGACUGCUCUGCUGGUCACGCGUCAGGAAUGUAUUUCGACUGCAACAGGGAACCGUGUUCAAAUCAAAAUAUUUAUAUUGUGCUUCAGUGACUCGGAGCCGGGUGCGCCGGGGUGGGCCCAGUGCUCAUGGCCUUGGGCUCAGUGUUCCUUUAAUGCUGCCGUGUUCGUGGUGGGAGACACAACUUUUGUCCCAUGAGACAUUCGUAUUGGAAUCUAUUUAACUGUGAAAUAAUCUUUUAUAUAUAUAUACAUAUAUAUAUAUAAAUAUAUAUACAUAUCCGCCUCUGACAGGAUGCCGAGGUCGGGGCGCAGCAAAUAGAGUUUCCAGAGUGAGAA